UUGAUUAGUCGAGGUGAUUUCAGGAGAAAGGAGAUGCUGGAGAAAUAUCCCUCAUUAAAGGAAUAUUUUGGAAUCGAUUAUUCAUUUAAAUAUGUCGUUGUUAUGAUGGUCAUUGCUCAAUUCACGUUUGCUUUCCUGCUGAAAGAUUCUGAUUGGCUUUUAAUCUGUCUCAUGGCUUAUUUUGUUAGUGGAACAAUAAACCACUCACUUACGUUAGCAGUUCACGAGAUUUCGCAUAAUAUGGCUUUCGGCUGCGCUUAUCCCCUUGCUAAUAGGCUGUUUGGUUUCGUAGCGAAUUUACCUAUGCUUGUGCCGAUGUCAGUUUCAUUUAAGAAAUAUCACCAGGAGCAUCAUCGUUAUAUGGGUGAAGAUGUAAUGGAUACAGAUAUUCCAACAGAAACGGAAGCUCGACUUUUCAAAAAUACUGCAGGCAAAACGCUUUGGAUGUUCCUUCAACCUUUUUUCUAUGCAUUUAGACCUUUCAUAAUAUAUAAAAAGGCUAUAACUGAUCUCGAACUGUUGAAUGGCAUUGUUCAGUUUAUCGUAGACUAUUUUGUUGUGGUUUAUUUCGGUUGGAAAAGUGUCGCAUUCCUAUUAGGUGGUUUUUUUGUUGGUUCAGGGCUCCAUCCUUUAGCUGCACAUUAUAUUUCUGAUCAUUAUGUUUUCAAAUCUGGGCAAGAAACAUAUAGCUACUACGGUCCUAUAAAUCUUGUCACUUUUAAUGUUGGUUAUCAUAUCGAACACCACGAUUUUCCUUUUGUUUGUGGAAGGAAUCUUCCAAAAAUAAGGGCUGUCGCUCCUGAGUAUUAUUCGGAUUGGCUGGUUCAUUCGAGCUGGAUAGGCCUCAUAUAUAACUUUUUAACGAAUCCCGACAUUUCACUUCAUUCUCGCAUUAAACGAAAAUUAGUAAAACCUUCUGAUUACCAUUUUUAUGGAAUUGGUCCGAAUUCAACUUGUUUUGUUCAUCAGUUUUUUGCAUCCGUGAGUUUUUUUCGCACAUUUUACGAUCAUCAAUGCCUACUUGGCUAA